CCAAGCGAGAUCUGACGUGGAGCGAAGUCAAUGGCGAUUAUUGAUGCGAUUGACACACAUGGCCAAAGUACAAGUAGUACGCAAUCAAAUGUGUGUUUCAGAACCAUGGCCCGACACCCAGAGAUAUUUCUGGUGGUGACAGCUAUUUUUAUAAUAUUCUUAGGACGAUAUGGAAGCAGUUUACAGGCCAAAACCAUAACAGAACCUCCUAAGGAACCAAAGCGAUUUUUUCCAUCUUUUUCACCAGUAAUAGAUUUGCCUUAUGGAAAUUUGGAACCUGUUGUAAAUAUUUUAGAAAAAGAUAGAUUUAUAUUUGUAAUGUACUAUGCACCAUGGUGUGCCAAAUCUAUGACUAUGAGAUGGGAAUUUCAGAAAGCAGCCAAAUUCAUGCAAAAUCAGGUAAAAUUUAUUGGUAUUAAUUGUUGGUGGCCCGAAGGAUCAUGUCGUAAGAGAUAUAAAUUUGUAAUGUUUCCUGUUCUAUAUGCAUACUUUUCUCAAUUAGAUGGAUACAGAUAUUUAGGCGCAGCUUCAGCUGAAUAUAUGGUAAAGUUUUUAGAAGAUCUCACAUACCCAUUAUCAUUAUUACAUACAGAAGACGAAGUAGUAGAGGUUGUAGCUAAAUAUGAUACAGCACUUGUAGCAUAUUUUGGUUUUAAUACAUCACCUCAACCACCAGGUUAUCUGCAGUAUUAUUAUGCUUCUAUGAGAAGUGUAGAACAUGAUCCUUAUCAGGUCAUGAAAUAUUGUAUUAUAACACAGUUUAAUCUAGCUUCUGUAUAUAAUCUAACCAAUAUAUCUGAUAUAGCCUUAAUGAGAUCUUCUAAUACCUCACUGAAAUUUCCGUCAGAUGCUAAUUAUACUAGUUCCUAUAUUGUUUCCUGGGUCUUACAGAACAGACAAAAGCCAGUUGUAAAAUGGAUUACACCAUUAGGUGUUAAGAGUUUAACAUUAUCUAGACAGAUAAGUCUAGGACCUAGUCUAGUUAUGUUUACACCUAUAAAUCAACUCUUUGAUAUUAAUACUUAUAUUCACAUGCUCAAAAAUAUUGCCCUCCAUUUUACAAGUGACUGUGUUAAUUAUACAUCAUUUUCUUCAAAUACAAUGAUUAACUCCUAUCAAUUGUAUAGCCUAAACACCUUACAGAAAUACAAUGAUAUAGUCAGUGUUUGUAAUCAGUUAAAAAAACAAAGUUUGUCUAAAGUCUAUAGUGCUAAAUGUUGUGUGACAUUGGCUAAUCAAAGCUCUAGUAAAAAUGUGUGUGAAGUGUGCCAUCAUAAGCAGAGUUUUAAUCCCAUAUUACCGAGUGCUUCUAACUGUGCAAUAGACGUUAAAUUACAUACCUCAAUUUUACCCACAAAAAAUCUCCAAGACAUUGAUGCCAAAAUUUGUCACAAUUCCAGACAAAAUUACAACACAAAUGAACAUUCUAGUUUUUGUUGUGAAACUUGUGCCGAAAAUAAAAUAACAAUUGAAUCCGAAACUUUCAACAAAAAUGGAAGGAGAAGAACAGACAGAUAUGUUUACCAAAAUCUUGAAUUGCUUCCCUUAAGAUUAUGCAAACGUUUAACUUUACAAAAACUUCAGGGUUUAUACACAGUGCCAGAUCUUCCUGAUUUUGAAAUUCCAAGUAAUUUUACCAAUUUAGGUUGUAAACAAAACCGAACUCUAGGGUUUUAUGCCAUUGAUUCUAUGCAUCAUUCUCUGUUUGCCAAAAGACUGGGUGUUGAUAUAGAAAGGUUAGCUGUUCUUCCUACAGCUGUUAUUAUAGAUAGAGAGGCUGAAGAACAUUAUAUUCUCAAAGAGAAUUUUACAGCCACCAAUGUAGUGAGUUUUAUUUUGAAUUUUACCAUUGGUCGGUUGCAACGUGCUUUAUUAUCAAAUGAACCAGUAGUGAAUACCUGUACUCAAGAUGAUAUGUGUAUUACAGAACUAACAUCUCAAACAUUCCAGCAAUAUAUCAGUAGGCAACAUCAGGAUGUUGUAGUAUUGGUGUAUGCUCCAUGGUGUGGUUUCUGUACCAGUGUAAAUCAUCUUUACCUAUCACUGGCUAAAUACUUCAAAACAAAUACAAAUAUUGUCUUUACAAGGAUAGAUGGUGAUAGUAAUGAUUUACCAUGGGAAUAUACAGUUGAACAAUAUCCAACCAUUAUGUUCUUCCCUGCAAACAGGAAAUCAGAUAGUGUGGUUUAUCCAGAGUCUGUGCCCUACACAUUAUCUAAUCUGGUUCGUUUCAUCCUAAAGCAUUCCACAUUUAAACUACGAACUGAAGCUGCGGUGUCUGUGUGUACAAAGACUUGUAUACAGAGGAAUCGUGAAUACGCUCGAAGAAUGGCCUAUCUUUUAAAGCAGAGAUUGAAUCGACUGAGAACUAGACUUAGGUUAAUCACCAGAUCUACGUCAGACUAUGUUGAAUAUGCGGUGCCUGUUUUAAGUGAGAAAAUCAAAAAGUUAAGCACUCAGUUAGAAACUGUGAAUCAAUUCUACCAAUAUCUACAAGAAACACGUCAUCAAAUAGAAUAUAGUCAGUUAGCUAAAUUUAUUGUAUCUUAAUAUUAUAAACUAUAAGAAAUAUCUUAAUAUUGUAAAAGUUGAUACAUAGGAGUGUACAGCUACCUGAACCCCAGAACAACAAGAUAUAGACAGGCCUGGACCCGUAUGCAUAAAAAUACUUGUAGUUACAUGCUUACCUAAAAUGUUUCAGCCUUCUACUUUAUACUUGGCCAAAGUCGCCAAUGUGCCACGAAUAAGCUAUUUUGUUAUAGUUCGUUUUUGCAUCAGAGUCAGCUAGAUUGUCUAGUGUGUACUAUGUGUACUACAUGUAUAGUCAUAAUGUUUGUAUAAAAAGCAAUAGUUACUUAGCUUCCACAAAAGAGCUUAUUAAAUGUGCUUUAUAUAGAACAUUUAUUAAUGACAGUUCUUCUUAGACCUUUCUUUUCCUGGAACCAAUUAGAUACUGGUAGGUGGAUUUUAGGAGCACUGUCAAAAUUAUUAUUAUUUAAUUAUUAUAUUGGAAAUAUGAGAAAUCAGCAUUUAUUGGUGAAGUCAAUUAUAUAAUGCAAAGAAUUAGAAGAGGAUAUUAAAGAUAUACAACUUUACAAUAAGUUUAAAUUAAAUUAGGGAGAGGGGUUUAAUAUAGGCUGUGUCUGUUCCCCAAUCCCUAUUCAGAUACAAAAUCUGAAUAAAAAUAUUGUUUAGAAAAGAAAUAAAUAUGUUUUGAUUUAUAUUGAAAAUGGCUAAAGAAAUCAGUUAAAAUGGUUUUGAGUUUAUUUAUGUUUGAAAUAAAUUUAUUUAUUUUUUUUUAAUUUGGUGAUGGACGAUUGACAUUGAUUGUAUUAUAUAUUGUUGACUAUGGUUAUAUUUUAUAUUUUUAACUUUGUUGAUCACUGUAUUAUAUAUCUACCAAAGUAUUUGUGUCUUGGUGUAUUUCUUUUAUAAGCUCAUUCAUGAAUACUUAUGGUAGGACUGAGUCCUAAGGACCCAACUGAUCUGUAUCAUCCCAUUAAUUACAGUUACCUAGUUGAUUAAAUAAAAUGGUAACCUCAAAGUUCUGAUGUUAUCUGGUAGUUAUUAUGCAGAUCAUUCAUAUAUAUAUAUAUUCCAUACACUUCC